AUGUGGGUCCCUAUGCUAGUCUUCUCGGUCUCGUACUUGCUUCUUGAUGCAGUAGCCGCCUUUAUCAUCUCCCGUCUGAUCUAUCUUGGGUUCAAGAACGGUCUGGAACAACUUUGUGAUUGCUUUGGCGCAAGGCUGCAAGCAAGGCUUGCGAGUCGAUUGGCAAACUCGCACGCGAAUCUGCUGCUGUUGGGGUCGACGACUUGGCCUUCAGGAGCUCCUAUUGUGCCUAGUACGCAGUGGAACGGCGGUGGGAUUGGCGGAACGAAUUUGCCGCAGGACAGUGCCGCACAGUCGGGUAGGGUAUUGAGCCCUUUUGUGCAUCGACGAGUGCAAAGGGAGGACGGACCAAGUGUAGGAGGUUCGGGGAGAAGGACAACGACUGCUGCUGGAUCAACUUUGUUAACUGCGGCGCAGAGGAGAGAUUGGAUCGCAGUGACUGACCCGCAGAGGAGGAUUGAGGUACCGGUGUAUCCUGAAAUUUCGAGCUUGGUCAACGUUCUGAAGUACGAAGCGCUUGAUACGAGGGUUGCACAGGGAUUGAGGAACUUUGCGAGGUGGGCAGCUACACUCGUCGGUGCCAGUGCUACUCCUACGCCAUCGGAUCCUGCUGUCAACUCAAACUCGGCACAACCUCCAACGUCGUUCUUCGAAUCAUCCCACGACAGAUCACCGCAUACAUAUCCCUCUACCUCCCCGUACGCCUCUCUUCUCACAAUGACGUCUAACGGAGAAGGCUGCAUCUUCCGUCAGCUCCCCGAGGAGCUCAUCUCCUACAUCUUCAUCCUUGCCGCCUGCCCUAGUCUUGCACCUACCGAACCUCGUUCCUGCCCAACCAACAUCCUCCUCGUCUCCCGUCGAUACUACAACCUCAUCAUCCCCAAGCUGUACCACAGUGUAUCGCUCCACACACCUGCAUCCUUCCGCUCCUUCCGCGUCACUCUUGCACUUCACAACCCUUCGCUGGGCAAGUUCGUCCGUCGCUUGCAGAUUGGCAGCUCCGAAUUCGAUGCUUCCGGAUACUGCCCUUCCGCCCUUGCUGAUCAUGGACCUUUAUCGGUGGGCAUAGAACAGAUGCUCCUCGUCAGCCCAUACCUGCAAGAGCUAAGCCUGGACCUAUUCAGCAUGGGCGCCCUACACACCGGCACAGUAUCCCGACUCGAAAAGGGUCCACAACCUACCCGACUCUGCACCGAGCUCACCACCAUCCCCUACCUCAGCCUACCAACAUUCGAAGACUUGCGCGAGCUAGAACUGCUCGUAUUCGGCAUGGACGCUGCUACAGCUGGCGAGCUUCGUGUCACUCUCCCUUGUCUGGAAAAACUCGAACUGCGUCUAGUCACACGUCGAAGAGGUCCCGCAUUCCAAAGCGGGCAAGGCACAUGGUUGCCCACCCAACUUCCCACGUUUGGCGACGAAGAUGAAGAUAGCGCAGAAGAGCGCAAUGCACAUGCGGAUAUCAGUCGACAGCAGGAGGAAGAUGUGUUUCAAUUGGAAAGUGAUAUGCAGGACUUCAUCGAGGCACUGCAUCUCUUGCGAAGUUGGCCGGGAGGGGAUGGGAGGUUGGGGGAGAAGUUAAAGGAAAUUACAGUGUUUGCUUGGCCUAGUGCUGUGAGGAGGCUCAGGAAGAGUUUUGAUGAUUCGGCGGGGGUGAAUGGGGGUGGGAACGGGGGAGAUGGUGUGACGCCGAUGAAGAUCGAGUUGGACAGAGGGUAUUUGCUUGGGCCAAGGAGGGGUGCGCAUGUGUUGUGGAGGAAGGGUAGAGCGAGGGCUGCUUGGGCUAUUUGA